GGUCCGUGCGCACACACUGCGUUGUUGCUCCGUCGUGGUUGUGGAGCGCCGGCACGUCGACGUUUUCGUUAUUUCAUUCGUUAUUUCUUUUGCAAACGGCGCGGUGAGAAUUCCCUUCUUUAUCCCACGAUUUAAAGACGCCGUGAAAUACCGUCGAGGAAAGUAAUCUUGCAGAGGGCCCCAUAAUUCACCAGAUCAGGAAUCCCCAAUGGUAACCAGAAAAAGAGGAAGACUUGUGAGUAAAGGCGUGGACGCCAUGUGCUCAAGUCCUUCUGAGGAAUGUGACCGUGCCUUAAACAUCGAAUCCGAACGUGUGAGCAAGCACUCAUCACCAGAAAGCGAUUCGAAUGACUGGGGGCUAGACGAGCUCCUGACAUCUGAUUUCAGCUGGGCUUUAGACGACGACGUGCUUUCUCCUUUCCGAGACAUUGAUGUGGAUGAUCUAGGUCUAAAUGCAGAAGACAAGACGGAUCAGGAGUCCGACUUGAGCGUAUCCCACAGCAGAGGUUCGACUCGGAGACGGAAGCUGCAAAACCUUUCUGGGUGUAACAUUAAUAAGAAUGCCCUGGCAGCCAGGUUGAACCGGUUGAAGAAGAAAGAGUAUUUGAACGGCUUAGAGCAGCGUGUUGGAGCCCUGACUUCUGAAAACCGGCUUCUCAAGCAGGAAAACGGCAGCCUGAGCAAAAGAGUGGAAGAACUCGAAAAUGAGACUAGGUACUUAAGAGCUGUGUUGGCCAAUGAGAGCAUGUUGGCGCAGCUGUUGUCUCGAUUGAGCGGUGUGAACGGCAUGAAAUUCUCUACGUCGCUUUUCCAGGAACCCAGCGAGAACGACCACGAUUAUGCCAUGCCGAGGAAGAGAGUGAAGGUGGAGGACAAGGAUACGGCAGGCGGUGUCUGUCUGCAUGUGGACAAAGACCACGUCUCUGUGGAAUUCUGCACCAAAUGUGCAGAGAGUGCAAGCGCCUCACUUAAAAUUUUUCUUCUAGGUGCUUGGUCUGCCAUGUGGGGUGACCGGAGCUCAGAGCAUCCAUGACUACCAGAACCUAUGUGGAUUUGCUGUGGGGGAAAAGCUGAAGAAACGGGACCAGCAGCUUGCUACAUGGCCUGGUAAAAUUAAAAAAGGUAGUACAAGAAGCAGUGUAAGUUAAGUUUUUACUGGUACUCCAUCAUGUUGCAUUUUGUUUGAUAUAUAUUAAAAAAAUGCACUUUUCUAGUAUCAGUGUAGCAGGGGUUAAAGCUCCUGAUCUUUUGUGCCUGCCAGCAAACCAUUGCAGCAGAGUAUAUGUUUAACAACACUUUGGCUUCAUCUUCACAAACAGAAAAUAUGGACGAUUUGUUUUGGGAAUGUGUGACUGUAUUUUGUUAAGAAGUGCGUUGUAUAUAAGUCAGUGUGUUUGAAAUCCAGAGAUUGUUUAGCAUUUUGAAUCAAUAUCUGCAAAUAAAUCCUAUUUUUUGUCAA